AUGGUGAAAGAUCGUCUCAUAGAACUUCAGACUUUGUCUGGAAAGACGAACUCCAGCAGAAGCAGUGAUCGCCAUUCUUCUCGCGAAAAUGCUCAACUCUUACCUGAUGAGCAGCAGACAUCUCUGGAAAGCUUUUUGAAUCGAAUGACUGAAAUUCGAACGAUCGUUGGGCAAUUAGAGUCAUGGCUUGACGAAGUACGUACUUUACACGGCGAGCUGCUUCUUGCACCUGCAACUGAUGGAGAACUCGAUCACGAGGUGAACGCUAUCAGUAAGUUACACCCCGAGGAGUCCCAUACAACGGAUUCCCGUAUUAAGCGCAACCAGAUCCGUAGUCUCACAAGAGCUCUCCACGAUGUUAUCUGGAAAUUCAGCGAGGAGGAAGAACACUAUAAGGAACGCUGCAAGAAGAAAAUCACCGACUACUUGAGAAUACAGGACAUCUCUCUGACAGAUGACGAGAUUAGUGAUGCGAUCGAUAAUGGCGAUAUAUUCGAGAAAACUAAAGGGAUACUACUUGCCUACAGCGAUAAGAAAGCACUUUUCGAGGAUGUCAAAUCCCGAAGAGAUGAACUUUUCGAAAUUGAGAAAGUUAUUCGCGAGUUAGGAGAAAUGUUUGUUGAUCUGAAUAAUCUUGUUCUCAGUCAGGGUGAAAUGCUCGAUAGAAUCGAAGCGAAUGUUGAGGAUGCAGUUGACUAUGCGGAGAAAGCGAAGCAUAACGUGAAAGGUGCUCGUGAAUUGCAAAAGAAAGCUCGAAAGGUAAUUUGCUCGGCGAAGUUCACAUGUUGUACUUACGCAAAUUUAGCUUAUGGAGGAUGUGAAGGGCCAGAUGCCACAUACGUUAAAUUGGUCAGCAGUGAUGGUCAUCAGUUCUUCAUUAAAAAGGAGCUGGCACUAACUUCUGGUACCAUCAAGGCGAUGUUAAGUGGACCAGGACAGUAUUCAGGAGAACGAAAGUCUCAUGUGCUCCAGAAAGUGUGCCAAUACUUUGCCUACAAAGUCCGCUAUACGAGCUCGGCAACGGAAAUUCCUGAAUUCAGUAUCACUCCAGAUGUAGCCCUCGAAUUGCUCAUGGCAGCGAACUUUCUCGAUUGUUGA